CAGUCCUUUUCUCUAAACAAAUGCAUGAUUGAAGGAAUUUUUUUUUUCUCUCUCUUUUCUUGUCAAUCAUCUUUUAUUAUCAAGAUUUGGUUAGAGAGGUGGCUCUUAGGCCAUAAGCUUUUAUAUAUAUUCCUUUUCUUAUACUUUGCCGAAUCAGUGGCAGGCAUGUUACUCUUUCUUUACUUUUAACAAGUUUUAUUAAUCUUAUACUACAAAACCCUCUUCUGGUUUUUCUUGGUUCUUGAGUUUCUGACAUAAGGUUUUGUGAGUGAGUGAGUGCAAUUAUACGAAAGCAUGAGGUCGUGUACUGCCUAGUUCUUAUGUUAGCCUCACUUGCAUUACAUAUCAGCAAACACACACAAAACCCAAACCAAGUUUGCCUUUUUUUGAACCUUUCAAAAUCUUUCACAGAUCAUAUUCCUAACUCACCACCUACUAACCCUUUAAUUUACUAGCUUUUCUUUAAUAAAUUGGCUACUGGGUGUCUAGUUCUGUGCCUUGGAUUUAAUGGAAGCAAGGGAAAUGAAUACUCUUUUUUGCUGUGUUGUGGUCUUGCUCUGCUUCUUCAUUACUAAUGCAUACGGAUUGCUAUCUCCUAAAGGUGUCAACCUUGAAGUGGUGGCUUUGAUGAGCAUAAAGAAUUCAUUGCAUGAUCCUCAUAAUGUUCUUAACUGGGAUGAAACUGCUGUGGAUCCAUGCAGCUGGACCAUGAUCACUUGCUCUCCUGAUGGCCUGGUCACUGGCCUAGGAGCUCCAAGCCAAAGUUUAUCUGGAACUCUUUCUCCAAGCAUAGGAAACUUGUCAAAUCUUCAGCUUGUGCUACUACAGAAUAACAAUUUUUCAGGACAAAUACCCUCUGAGAUUGGGAAGCUUUCAAAGCUGAAAACACUUGAUCUUUCUAAUAACUUCUUUAAUAGUCAAAUUCCCACAACUUUUUCCACUCUGAAAAACCUCCAAUACCUGAGGCUUAACAACAACAGUCUUUCUGGAGUAAUUCCUCCCUCUUUGGCUAACAUGUCUCAGCUUACCUUUGUGGACUUGUCUUUCAAUAAUCUGACUGCUCCUCUACCAGCUUUUCAUGCUAAAACAUUCAACAUUGUAGGAAAUCCUCUGAUAUGUAGAACUCAGGAACAAUGUUCUGGAGCAAUACAAAGUCCACUAUCUAUGAACUUGAACAAUUCACAAAAUUCUCAGCCUUCUGGAAGUGGCAAAGGUCACAAGAUAGCCUUGGCCUUUGGUUCAAGCUUGGGUUGCAUCUGCCUAUUGAUUCUUGGAUUUGGUUUUCUUCUUUGGUGGAGGCAAAGGCACAACCAGCAAAUAUUCUUUGAUGUUAAUGAACAACGUCAAGAAGAACUCAAUCUCGGAAACCUGAAGAGGUUUCAAUUCAAAGAACUUCAGGUAGCUACAAAGAACUUUAGCAGCAAAAACUUGAUAGGACAAGGUGGUUUUGGAAAUGUUUACAAAGGGCAUCUACAAGAUGGAUCGGUUGUAGCUGUUAAAAGGCUUAAAGAUGGAAAUGGAUCUAUUGGAGGUGAGACACAAUUUCAGACAGAAGUAGAGAUGAUCAGCCUAGCAGUGCAUAGAAAUCUCCUCCGCCUCUAUGGAUUUUGCAUGACAUCAACCGAAAGGCUACUGGUUUACCCUUAUAUGUCAAAUGGGAGUGUUGCUUCUCGCCUCAAAGCCAAGCCAGCAUUGGACUGGAGCACGAGGAAAAGAAUUGCCUUAGGAACCGCAAGAGGCUUAUUAUACUUGCAUGAGCAAUGCGAUCCCAAGAUAAUUCACAGGGAUGUGAAGGCAGCAAACAUAUUGCUCGAUGAAUACUGUGAAGCUGUUGUGGGAGAUUUUGGGUUGGCGAAGCUGUUAGAUCACAGGGACUCGCAUGUUACCACAGCUGUGAGAGGUACUGUAGGGCACAUCGCUCCCGAGUAUCUUUCAACCGGUCAAUCCUCUGAGAAGACGGACGUUUUUGGGUUUGGCAUCCUUCUACUUGAGUUAGUACAUGGCUUAAGAGCUCUUGAGUUUGGCAAGUCAGCAAACCAGAAAGGAGCCAUGCUUGAUUGGAUUAAGAAGAUUCAUCAGGAUAAGAAGCUUGAGUUGUUAGUCGACAAAAAUCUGAAAAACAACUAUGAUCCAAUUGAGUUGGAAGAAAUAGUUCGGGUAGCUCUGCUAUGUACCCAAUUCAUUCCAGGUCAUAGACCUAAAAUGUCAGAAGUCGUUCGGAUGCUCGAAGGAGAUGGACUGGCAGAGAAAUGGGAAGCAUCUCAGAGAGCAGAAGCAACCAGGUCAAGAGCCAACGAAUUCUCAUCUUCAGAACGAUAUUCUGAUCUUACCGAUGACUCUUCUUUGCUCGUCCAAGCAAUGGAGCUCUCCGGACCCAGGUGACAUGAUUCUCGAAGAGAUGAACAAGCCUUUCACAUACUCUGAAAAGAAUAUAUGAUAACAUCGUGGGGAAACAAACUUCUUGUACAUUAGCCAACAUAUGAGAGCUUCAAAGCUUUGCGUCAAAUUUUCUGACUGUACAAAAUUCGGAUUUCAAAAUGACAUAUAGUUGAGUGCUACACAUCUUUCUCCUUGUUGAGUGAAGAUUUUUUUUUUUUUGGGGAAGGUUUUCUGCUGGGGUUUUGCUUGUAACAAUAUGUUGAUCAUCCUUGAAUAAAAAACUUGUUUCUUCUUCUCAACUCCAUGGGACCAUGGCCUUUGAGUUUGAGAGAGGAAUUACUAGUCA